UACAAAGUUAAAUUUUCAUUCAGGAAGUAAUGUGAUAGCAUGCUCAUUAAAAGCAUCAUUAUAUUUGCUGGGAUACUACAAGUUGUGACCUCCGAAACUUGUGCCGAAAACACGUGCUACGGACGUGGAGACUGUUACCCUCAACAGGCAGAUCAGAUAGUUUGCGUGUGCCGAGACGAAUUUACCGGUGAGAGGUGUCAGUACCACAAGGUUGAUUGUUCAAGGGCCGGUUGUAACCGUGGAACCUGUAUAGACGAUCACUGCAUUUGUUCUGGUGAUUAUGCUGGCCCAUUCUGUGAAUAUGCUAAUCAUUGCAGAGAAAAUCCAUGUAGAGAUCACGGUAAAUGCAUCUCUCUGAUGGAUGACUUUGAGUGCCUCUGUGAUAAGGGCUAUACAAGCAACAACUGUGAAAAUGACAUAAAUGAAUGCACUCAAAACCCAGACAUUUGUCAGAAUGGAGGAACCUGUAUAAACACUGUGGGCUCGUUUCACUGCAAAUGUGAAUCUGGUUAUGAUGGUCAGCUGUGCGGAUUUACUGUCAACAUGUGUGACCCGAAUCCUUGUCAAAAUGAAGGCAACUGCGUUAACGACAAAGACAGUAGCAGCGGUUUCAGAUGUGAAUGCCCUCGCUCGUUUAGUGGAGAGCUGUGCACGGUUGAAGCUACUGACUGCGGCUGCGUACACGGCACGUGCAGUGACGACCCCCACACCUCGUGUAUCUGUGACCUGGGAUGGAUGGGCUUCAAGUGUAACGAGAAGAUCAUCUCCUGCGAGUUUAAUCCCUGUCAAAACGGAACGGGUCCGAACCAGAUAUCCACCUGCAAGGAGUACACCUACAACCAGAACAGGAACAGGAACAUCCACUGUCAGUGCGGGGUAGGACUGGGAGGGAAUUUCUGCGAGAAUAGAAUUGACAUGUGCAGUGCAAAUCCUUGCAGAGGUAACGGUAACUGCACUGAUAUUGGGGGAGGAGAGUUCAGGUGUGACUGUUUCCCGGGCUAUCAGGCAGAGAACUGUGAGCGCGACAUAGACGAGUGCAACGACGAGCCGUGUCAAAACGGAGGCGAAUGUUUCAACACCAUCGGAGAUUUCUAUUGCACGUGCAAACCAGGAUUUGGAGGAACCUUCUGUCAGACCAACGAGGACGAAUGCGCAACAGAACCGUGCAGAAAUGGAGGGUCUUGUACUGACGGAGUGAACAGCUACACAUGUACUUGUCAACCAGGAUUUACCGGUACAAACUGUGAAACAGAGAUAAACGAAUGUGAAAGUAACACAUGUCCAAGAUACAGUGUUUGUGUUGACAAAAUCAACCAUUACCGCUGCAUCUGUACCAGCCCGGACGAAAACCGAGGAAACUGUGAAAUAGACGAAGACGAGUGUACUGCUAAUCUCUGUAAAAACGGUGGCAAAUGUAUCGACCUUCCUGGUGAUUUCAGAUGCGACUGCCCGAAUGGUUACAGUGGUGAUACGUGUCAGUUUGACGAUACAGCAUGCGGGGUGAAACCCUGUAAACAUGGCGAUUGCUACUUUAAAGACGGUAACCUGGACGAACAUUACUGCGUCUGCGAGUCAGGAUACACUGGGGGUGACUGCAGUAUCGAUAUAGACGACUGUCAGGUUGGGCCGUGUCAGAACGAUGCUACUUGUAUCGACCAACUGGACGACUACUUUUGUGACUGUCCCGCUGUACACACUGGAAAGGAUUGUGAGCUGGACGCGCGUCACUGCGCCAACAACCCAUGUCAGAACGAUGGGACCUGCAACUCCGCCGUUCUGAACCCUUUCUACACGUGCACGUGCGAGCGCGGCUACACUGGGGACCGGUGUCAGGAGGAGAUCCUGUGCGCAGCUACCAAGUGCGAAAACAAAGGAAAAUGUAUAAUGCUGGACGAGAGCUCGGACACGUACAAAUGUGAAUGUAACGAGGGGUACUCCGGACCGCUCUGUGAAACCGAACUGGUACCUUGUGGCAAGGAUUUCUGUCACAACGAAGGCACGUGCAACCCAGUACUGAACAGGUGCGAGUGCGCGGGUGGGUGGAAGGGAGAAUACUGUAAGGACAAGAUGACCUGCAGAGAUCGACCCUGCAGAAACGGUGGAACAUGUCUCUCCGGACCUUAUGGGAGUUUCCAAUGUAAGUGUCCGGACGGCUACCUGGGCGCACGGUGUGAGAUCCCCAACAAAAGGGUCUGCUCCCCCAACCCCUGUCAAAACGGGGGAACCUGCAGCCCCAGUGGGGGCUCCCCCUCCUGUAUCUGUCCCUCGGGCUACACGGGCCCACUGUGCGACAAACGGGACUUCUGUCUCCCCAACCCCUGCAAACCAGGACACGUGUGUGAGAACUUCCCAAAAGACACCCCUAUGAAGUACCUGUGCUGUGAGGAGACCAGCUGGAGUUGUUACAAUGAUGACGGGUGUCCUGAAGUGUGCGCUGAUUUCCAGGAUGAUGGUGUUUGUCAGCAUGAAUGUUACAACUCAGACUGCCAGAAUGACCUGUCGGACUGUUCUCAAAACUUGCAGACAAGCCAGGAUGUGUGGGCUGACUGCCCCAACACAGAAUGUCGGAGUCUUUUCAACAACGGAGUUUGUAAUAGAGAGUGCCAGAGUUCGGAGUGCAACUACGAUGGCAUGGACUGUGUCAACGCUAAAGAUACUUGCGAGUACGAGAAAUACUGCAAGACUUAUUUCAACAACAACCUCUGUGAUCAAGGGUGUAACACCUCCGCGUGCAUGUGGGACGGCCAGGACUGUCUACAAGAUAACAGUCAACAUAAGAGGAAAGAUGUGAUAGUAAUGGAAUUGGACAAUCCCUGCGAGCAAGUCCGAGUGUUCAAGUCACAACUCAUCAUAACACUGGACUAUUGGUCACGUGCUAUCGCUAUUGUCGAGAGAAUUGAACCAGAUGAUGACGAUAAGAAUAGGUGUAAACUAGAUAUAAGUUUUGAUAACAGAUAUUGUGGAACUGACUGCAGAACAGCAAAUGUAACCACACUCACUAGUUACUUGUGGGCUUGUCUACAAUCCAAUCAUUCCACGUCACCCUUCCCAUUUCGGGUUAUGGCGAUCACAUCUGCUAAAAGUAAUACCAACACAGGACGCCCAGAGCAGGUUUCAACAGCCAUCAUUGCAACUAUAGCGGUCAUAGGACUUCUGCUUCUGGUUGCAGCCGUGAUGGUAGGCAGGAACGUGUACAGAGCUCGAGCAAGACUUUGGGAACCUGACGGUUUUAAGACAAACAGAAAGAGGAACAUAAAAGAUAUCAGUAAAAUGGGCGACCCAGUUCAUCUCAAGACCAUGCCAAAGCUCUCCGAUCAACACAAUUUCAACUACUACAUGUCUGAAAACAUGUCCCAAGUCAUGGACGUUGACAUGGAGCCGAUGUACAUAAUGAGCGGACGAUCACACGGUCGAUCAGUGUUCGACGAACAAGACGAGACUGCACCCAUGAUAACACAAGCUGCCUACGAGCUGCGUCAGAGAGACGAGACCUCCUCUCCCGCUACCCAGGCGGAGGAACAGGUUGCUAUCGGCCGACCAUCUGGGAGAAUGGCUUUGGGCAGAGGAGAAACACAGCUUCACGUCAUCUGCAGGAACAAGAAAACAGAUGAACUGAAACGUGUCUUAGCCCAAGGAAAUGUUGAUGUAAAUAUGGCGGAUUCGUCUGGUAGAACCCCCUUGUACGCAGCCGUCGGGUCUGAUGCUGUGGAAAUUGUCGAUAUUUUAUUGGAGGUUGAAGGAAUCGAUCUAGAAAAGGCUAUUGUACAGAAGGGCUCAACUCCCCUUAUCCUUGCCACAAAGAUGGUUUACAACUCGAUAGUUGAAAAGUUGCUCAAAGCGAGAGCCCAAGUGAACGCUGUCGACUCAUCUGGUCGAACUGCUCUGCAUUGGGCGGCCGCUGUAUGUAAUAUGCACGCUAUGGAAUUACUAUUGAGUCACGGAGCGAACAAGGACGCAGAGAGUGUCAAGAAAGAAACCCCGUUAUUCCUAGCCUCACGCGAAGGCAAGCUGGAGGCGGUGAAAUUCUUAGUGAUGCACAACGCCCAGCGUCAUCUUGCUGACAGUAUGGACCAAACUCCAAUCGAUGUUGCCAGAGAUCACUUACACACAGAUAUUGAAGGGGUACUUCUUACCUGGAACACUGACGGAAACACCGUGUUAAAACAGCAGCACGUUCAAUUACCGGGCAGUCUGACGCCGCCUCAAUCAGACGACGCAGCGACCGGUUCCCCAAACUCCCUGCCAACUCUGUCACCCUGCGAGAAGGAAGCGUCAGACAGGGACGAUAAGAAGAAUAGUAAGAGGAAGAAGAAGAAGACGGAGCAUAGUAAUCCUCAGUCCCACCAAACUGUUUAUAAUCAGCCAGGCUAUUGGGCUAAGAAUCAGUUACAUUCACCACCUAACUGGAUGUCAACUCAAAUGCUAUCCCCCGAGAGUUUGACAGGUUCUCCGACAUCCACUAGUUUACCCACAACUUGUGACCCCAACGUUCCAUCGUCAGAAUCCCACCAGAGAUUAACACACUACCCGCUACACGCGGGAUACCCCCUCGACAACCCCCAAUCUUACAUACCCCAUGAUCACCUCCUCUCCCAACACCGCCCCAAUAAUAACAGGCAGUACUCCCACCAUCCCUCUCAUCAGUUAGACUACCACUCGUCGCCCGACAGUCCAGAGGAAACGUGGCAGAUCACAUCUCCGCCUAACUCUGAUUGGUCCCACACAUCCCCUUAGUAACCAAAUAGGACGACCCCGCCACGUUGGUCGUCCUAGAGAUAAAACUUGUAGGUCACGCGUUAGCCAGCACGCGUGACAUCGUUCAAUUGCAACUGUGUGUGCACUUAAAAUGUAAAGACUGAAGACGAUCUUUCUUUAUUUCUCUAAUACUCUGUCGCGUGCGCGGCGCGAGCAGACCGCGUUAAAUCAUCUGUUGUCAUGGAAACGUUCGAACGGAAACUUAUUGAACUGCUAUAUAAUAAUGGUACACAUCUCCCGGGAUGUUUUGCUUUUAUUUCUACUGUAUUUGUGUUUAUGUAUUAAAUGGUUCUUGAUUAAGAAAGCAUUUGGAGGGUCCACUGAACCGCUCGCUUUCUUUUAAAACCUCUUACUUCUACGACCUGCCUAGUUCAUACCUGCCCCAUUUAUCUCCUAAAUGGCAAGACAAUCUUAUGCCCAAAUUAAGGCAGGAAGCAUUAACAAUCACAGUGCUUUUAUUUCUGUUAACAGGUUAAUAUUAAAUGAUCAAGUUUUGGUAUAAUUUUACCGUUAUGAUAUUUCGCGAGUUGUGGGUAGAUUAAAAAAUCUACAUUAAAUAUAUACGUGAAAACGUGGAUUCGAAACUCUCUAGCUAUUUGAUAACCUGGACCUAAUUAAAUCGACCAAAUAUUAUUUUAAUUUAUUUAAUUCCCAGCAAAAUUAUUUGGAACGUUUUGAUUACUACAGUCGUAGAGGCAGUUUUUAUAAUAUUUUAUCAGAUCGUUGGCAAUCGUAUAACCUGCAAUCGCCAGACUUUUCUCUUUUAACUUUUAAAUAUAGUUGGAUACAAUGACUUGUUUUGACUACGAAAAGGUAAAGGCCAAUAGAUCUUGGUCAUCGAGUUUCGCCAAACUUGAUGGCAAACUAAGUUUGAUUUCGGAGAAAAUACAACCGCUGAUCAGUCGUAGUCAAAAUUCAAAUAAGUCGUUUUAUCCACCACCCCCAAUUCAACCCAAUAUAUCUGAAGAUUUGUGAACUUAUUUUUACCUUAUGAGUAAAAGUCACCUAUUUCGAACUAAAUUUAGGGGUCUAUAGGAUUAAUGAUUGCAGUUUGUAUAGCCCAUAAAUUCUUUUUUAUUGAAGAUUAUAAGAACUUGAUACUGUUUUGUUGAAAGUAGGCAAUAAAACACUUUUAUUUAUAUAAUGAUUAACUACCGGUCUUCACAAGACACCAGCGUUUCGCCGGUCUCUGUCUGAUAACAUUUAAUGUUAACGUGUGUACACUGUAUGAUGUAAAUAAUUUUGUUGCAGAAAUAACCCCUCUCACUUGUUUGGCAGUGAAGUUCAGCAAAAGUUAAAUUUUGUCGUGAUUUUUGUCUACACCUGAAAGUGUGACCUUCUGUAAUUAUGACCCAGCAUGGAGCUGUUUCCGCUGUAAUGGUACUUCAUGACUUUUCACU